AUGCAGAAGGGCAGCGGAGGAGCCCCCCUCCUGGAAAGGCCAAAUGUAAACGAAAUUAACAAAAACAUCGAAGCGAGCGGACUGGUAUUAUGCCUCACCCUUAGUGAAAAAGACUCCCCAUCACUUGUCUCUCCAUCCAGUUACCUUCUGCAUGUCCACAGGUACAUGUACCUAUCCAACAUAGUUCCGAAAUGUGAGAGGAUCAUACUCGAUUGGAGACUCCCCAUAGGGGUACUAUUCGAUAUAUAUUGCGAUGUGGAAGGGGAGGAUUGGAGUUUGCCAAGCUUAGAAGAGAAGCAAGCAAGCUGGAAGAGAUGCUCCAGUGGGGAAUUAUUUCCUGACCAUGUUAGCGUUUUAGAGAUCACUCCAAGUGGGGUAAGUGGUUUGCCUGGCGAUUCGCCGAUCAAUUUACAUGCCGAUUUGCCUGUCAAUUUACAUGCCGAUUUGCCGGUCAAUUUACAUGCCGAUUUGCCGGUCGAUUUACAUGGCAAAGCUGAGAGGGAGCAGAUAGAGGGGGGGAAGCCCUCAAGCAAAGCUCCGUUGAAUGAUGCCACAAAGGGUUCCCUCACUGGGGAAAAGAAGCCAUGUGGAGAGGAUGAAGACAAAAGCGAUGGGAAAAGAAACAAAAAAAACGCAGAAGAAUCCCACGUUAAGUAUUACCACAUGCGAAUGAACAAACAAAUAAAUAAUGACUGGUACGAUCAGCAAUUUUUAAGCAUAGCAGAUAGGAAUGUUCCAUGGAGACUGGUUGUCCAUUUCAAAGAUGAAGAAAACUACAAUACGCAUUUCGGUAGAGGGGGAGGAGGAAGCAAAUUGAAUUACGAUGGAAACGUUAACCUGUUGCCGUACAACAGCUGCAUACCUCUGUACAGAGGAUUUCACGACUUUGAGGAAUGCCUGAUUGGUCAGCUUAAAAAGGCCAACUACGUGUUUAACAAAAAUAACCGGGUGCUUCAGAUGUUGCCACAGCAAGUGGAAAACGAGUUACUGCAAAAUUUGAAACGGUUUGACGUCGAAAGUGUUUGCGCCCUGUAUAGGGAGCACAUCGAUUAUAAUAUGGUCCGUUUCGUGGAUUACUUUAACGCCAAGUGUGCACAGGCAGAGCAAAACGGGCACACUGGUCCCAUCAGCGGGGAGCACAAUUCCGUGUGCGCCCUUAUGAAGGACGAAAAUGUGGUUAAAGAUGUUCCCAUAAUUAUACACAUUUAUGGACCCCCAUACAAUCAAGUGUUGACAAAGUGCCCUCUGUUCAAAAUUAAGCCAGCAGAAGGGACCGAAAAUACAGUCGACGGUUUUUUUGCCUACACGUUGGGGGACUUUCUGCAUGAGCAGUUCCCUUCCUUCUUUAGGAAAAUAAAAAAACACGCAACAGAGGGGGGGGUAGCGAUGGUGGCGGAUAACCUGCACGGUCACAGGACAAACGGUGAGAUUAACGCACAGGGUCACCUUCCUCCAGACAGUGCAGCGGCGGAAGCGGUAUCAGCAACUGUAGCAGCAGUGCCAAGUGCGCCCCCUCACGGGGAAAUCAUUUUUUACUUUGUCGAAGACGAUUACCUAAUUUUCAGCCCCUACAUGUUCAUAAUAAUCAACGGGAUUCAAAUUCCGCUGAAAACGCCACUCUACUGGCUCGCUGCCAACUUUUCCCAAUUUGAUAAUUUCCUGCACGUUAUUCUCCGUGUACCCCCCUACUGA